UUUUUCAGCUUAUGGCUACCUCACAAUCCUCCACUAGUGUUCGAAGCAUCGAUCCUGCUGUUACAAACAAGACCGACUCAACUCCCGCUGGUGACCUCGUUACUGCGGGAAUGCCACUACAUAGUUUAGGAUCGAUCGAGAAUCAAGAAGGAUUGAGUUUAACUCGACAGGAGAUCAAUCGUUUAAUUUUGGAAUACCUCGUUGUUGAAGGUUACAAGGAUGCCGCUGAGAAGUUUAGUCGUGAAACUGGGAUUUCUUAACCGCUUACAGAAAUGCGGGUUUCUGGUGAGAGUCUAAAAGAUCGAAUGUGGAUUCGAGAGGCGGUGCUUCGACGCCAAAUCGAGGAUGUUAUUGACACUGUGAAUCGCUUGUGGCCCGAAUUGUUCGACAAAAAUCCAUUCAUCUAUUUUCAACUCCGGCAACUACAGAUGCUUGAAUUGAUUCGGAACCGUCGCUUGGAAGAGGCUCUUAUCUUUGCUCAAUCCUACCUUGCUGACCCAGUUGCUAAGCGCCUCUCAGAGCAUCCACAGCUGCUUAGCGAAAUGCAGAACACAAUGGCACUCCUGGCUUUUGAUGAUCCGAGUCAAAGCAUCUAUGGUCGUUUGUUGGGUCCGCAACACGCAGAGUUGGUUGCCGGAGCAUUAAACCGUGCUAUCCUACGUCAUAUUGAGGCAUCAGGUGACGAUCUCGAAGGUGCGGACGAAGGAAGAGCUUCUACAGCGGCUAAUUUGUCCAGCUACUCUGGUUCCUCGUCAACUCUGCCAAGACUGACGAAAAUGAUGGCUAUGCUACUCCACUUCAAAGACCUAGCCCAACUUGAACUACCUCCAGAGUUAGCCUCACUUUGAAACUCAGUGGACUACCGUUGUCUACCGCUAUCAUUUAUUAUCUACGUUGGCAGUUUUAUUCGUUUCUCAUGAACUAGCUUUAGUUCGUGGGAUAUCCGGCUCAGAUCUGAUAGUGUUUUUGUACAGCUGGGCCAAACCUCUCACUCCUUUAACGAAGUAAUCCUUCCCUGUGGAUGCGCGGAGCUGCAUGUGAUCCACUUCACCUAGUCACCUGACUUCUUACUCCAAAGUGCAUUACCAGUAUACGUUGAUAUUGCCAUAUUUUCUUUGUUCCGUCUUAUUGGUGGGUAGUUUGCUAUCAUCGGGAUGAGAGGACUUUGCUGUAAGGAUGUUUUCUUUCUUGACAUAUCACUAAUAAAGUUGAAGGGAGCUCUUCGUAAAUCCGUUGCGGGUUCCGUC